CCUCUGUCACAGAUCCCCCUGGCGCGUGUCCACGCACAGCUCCCGUCAUGGGAUCCGUUAUUUAAACGGGACACCGCUUACAGUCCCGUUACACUCCACAGAGAUCUGCAAAUAAAAGUGCAACGGGUUGAGGUGCCCCAAAGGUGAAAGCUGCCGGGAACUCUGUUACUGUCGCAAUGGAGUUGACGCGCAACGCCACCGUGCCAGACGCGCUCUCGUCACAGCAGACAACCAAAGUCUCCUCGCCCGGUAGAAGCGACGGAAACGCGUACUUGUACAUCGUCAUCGUGGUGUCCUUCUACGGAGUCUUCCUCAUCGGUAUUAUGCUCGGUUACCUGCGCACGAAACGGCACGAGAAGAAGCGCUCGAACGCGUUCACGCGGCUGCUGCACGAGGAGGAGCAGCGCGAGUGGGGCGCGGCGCAGAAGAAGCACAGUUUCAGCCUUCCCGCGUUGCAUUCCACGCCGGUGCCGUUCAUGCUGUGCGCCGGCCGGCACACCGGCUGCGCGCUCGAGGGAGGGAGGGUCCUCGCGCCUCUCGCGUGCGCGCUGUGCUCGGUGGAACAGAGCAGCGUGAGUUCUCUGAGCUCCACCGCCGACGUGCGCUUCACCAUCGAGGAGGAGUCGUACAGCGGCGACGGUACCGGAGAAGGACCCGUGGACUCGCUGUAGACUGGCUCGACCUUGGGCCGUAUCAGCGACGGGUCGUCCGGGGAAAACCUUAAAGAAACUGUAACCUUGCCGAAACUAUAGUUCCUGCCGAAAUACAAAAGAGACAAUAAAACUGCGGUAAUUAACACUGUAAAAAUAAAAAGAUAAAUUUUUGGAAAGGUUUCUGUCAGUGUAUUAAAGUGGAUGCCUUGUUAAUAAAAUGUAGUUUAUGGUUAUGUCUAAUGUGGAAAUAGAGCUGUUCAGCUUUUAGUCAAAAACACCCUGAAGAGAAUUCGCCUUGGGUUCCCUCGGGAUUUUCCAUUAUGGGCAAGGGCGUAGAUUUGGCCUGAAUAUUGGGGGGUUGCAGCCUGAAGCAUGUACAUGUUUCCAUCGAUCAUGAUAUAAAUAAUGAGGGGGUUGUACUUGCUUGUUUAGAUUUUUAGGGAGGAUUAAAAUCAUCAUUAAAAUUUGAUAAGGGGGCAACAACCCCCUCAUUAUAUAUACCAUGAUCAAUGAAAACAUGUAAAUGCUUCACGCUAAAAACCCGUAGGAAAAUCGCGAGGGAACCCAUUGCGAAUUACACUUCUGAGGUCACCUAAAAAACUGACGUCACGGCUGAACAGCUCAUUUACUACAAUUAUUUUUACCAUAAAACUGUGGUAAUUUGGACACAACUGUGAUUAAAAUGAAAUGACUGAACCAUUUUGAGAACUUUUUACUAUUCAAAGGAGUUUCCAUUUUAAUUUAUUGGGAUGUUACGGUAGUAUCGUAUUUUAGCGGGAACUUUGGUUACCAUGUUAAUGUAACGGUCCUCGUCUCGGAGGCAACAAACAAACUCUUCAAUACGAUGCAACAGCUACAAACAUCGUGCGAAACCUGGAAACCACUUGAAAAUAACUUUUAAAAUAGUUUACCUUUUUAAAUGUAUAUUGUCGUCAUGUAGCCGGACAUUAAAAAAGAUUUAAAAUGUUAAAACAUUUUUACAUAAUGAUCUGUAUAUAUUGUCCUACAUGCAUGUGUAUGUCUAUUUAAUUUGAUCCAGUGUGUCACUUUGCAUAAAAUAAAUUGUUUCUUUAAAAAG